AUGGCGCAGGAGCGCCUAAGCAACGACGAGUUCCUCUCGCGCCUCACCACCCUCCUCUUGUCCACCCACACUGCAACCCACGGCUCCGUCUACCUCACUCAAAAGCCCUUGACAGCCACAGACAAAGAGAUCUCAUCUUCACCUUCAUCACAGGUCCUGAUACGCGCCACAAACGGCCUGUCGAAACAACACCGGUUAGCGGCCAAGAAAUCCAAGGCUGGUGUCGAGAAGAAGGACAAGGUGAAAUUUGCGACCGUGGUUGAGGUUUCCGAGUUGGAGGCGUUCUACACCAAGUAUGCCGAGACCUGUAAGAAGGGCAUGGAGGGGUUAAGGAAGAGGGAUAAGAAGAAAGCCAAGGAGAAGGCGAAGGCGAAGAAGAAGGGCAAGGCUGGGACAGCAGGCGGCGGCGGCGAGAAGCCUUCUGGAUCGUGA